AUGCACAGCGGUGACAAUGGGUUGGUGGUGACUUGGCAGGUCGAUGGCACAGCUACUAGCAGUGACGGUGGUGGUGUGACGAUGGCAGGCGAUGACACAGCUAGCAGCGGUGGCGAUGGAGACGGUAGCCCGCCGGUGGUGUUGUUGCGACGUUGGCAGAGGCGAACUUCGAUGUCCCCGAGGCAGGCGGGCGGGCAGGCAGCAAGCGGGUGGGUGUGUGAACGGUGGCCGGGCAGACGAGUUGGUGGAGAAGUGGGCGAGCGGGUUGGAGAACGGGGAGCGAACGGGCGGGAGGGCGAGCGAAUUGACCUGUAUAGCUCCCGCCUACAUUCUCCGAAACAGCUAAAAGAAGAUCAAAGUCCAUCGUCUCUUAACCUCCCUUCACUUGACUCUUCUGUCUCUUCUGAUUUGGCGCCUGAUUCUGAAAGCCACGCCCCCUUCCAGGCCUACGCUCCACCACCUCUCUCCACCACCUCUCCCUGCUGUUCGCGCCUCGCCCCCCAAAUAACCCCGCUCCCCCGCGAUACCCUUCCCCAACCCUCCGUCGCCCCACCUGCUCCCUCUUCACCCCAUUUAGAACACGUCCCUUCUCGCUCCGCCUCACCUAAUCUACCUCCGCAACGACUUGCUACUCCCAAGCCCUUGCCUUGUUUCGCCGAGGAGCAGGAAGCCGAGCUCGCCUGCAAGCUUACCCGCCCGCAGCGCGUGCUCUCAUGCCGUGUCCUAGGCGGACGGGCGCGACUCGGAACGGCAAGCGGGCAGGCAGUGGGGCACGACACGAAGCCGGCCCAGCCCCGAGCAGCGCGCAAGCGCUGGUCCGCGCGCGGGCACCGCCCGCUCGCACAACGCGUCGCGUGGAGCAGGGCUGGCGCCGCUCGACGCGGGCGACGCGGCGGGGCGACGGCGCGCGGCGGCAGCCCUCCGCCGCCGACCAAGCAGCCGCUCCGCCGCCGCCGCCGAGGUCGGACGCCUCCACCUCCGGCACCGACACCCUGGAGGACCUGGCGUCCGGCCCCACCUCGGCCCGCCCGCCGCCGCUCCGCCUCCGACCGCCCCAGUCCGACACCCCGUCAAGCGCCAAGAAGCAAGAAGCGCAAGCAUCUCUGCACGUCGCCCGUCUUCUCCGACAACCGGAGAAGAAGGUGCGCGCACCGCCGCCGACACCCCCCCACGACUCCACCCCGGUCGACGAAAUUCGCCGCCACGGACGACCAGUUCGCGGCGUCCGACGGGAAGAGGACGGCUCCCAAGACGCCCAGCCCGAGUUCCUGCUGCUGUCGCGACCGCCACAAGCAGCAGAGCGCGACACGCUUCGCGCAGCUGCGACGACCUGCUCAAGGAGCAGCGCAGCGCCAGCGACUCGAGCAGCUGCAGCAACAGCCACGAAACAACAUCGUCAGCGAGGCAGGCGAAGCUGCUGCAGCAACAGCAGAAGCUCCAGCAGCAGCCAGCAGCAAACAACAGACAGCAGGCAACCGCAACAGCACAGCAGGCCUCGCGGAGGAGAAGCCGCCAGCGCCCAGCGAGAAAACCGGGCGCGCCGCGCCGCUCAAAACGUCCGACCGGGCGCGCCGGGCGUCGCCGCGCGGCGACGUCGGCGCCGACGGCGUCCCGGCGGACGGCGUUCAGUCCCCGCGGGCCGCCGCCGGCGUCCGCCCUCACGCGCAAGGACAGCUUCAACAACUGAGCUCCGACGAGAGGGACCAACCACAUGAUGUCCAGAUGCGCGCCUUCUUCAAGGACGGAUGUGGCGCCCGGCGGCGCGCGGAAGGCCUGCGGGCGGCGGCGCGGGCGCGGGCGUGGCCCCAGGCCGGGCCCGCGGCGCGCGGCACCCCGCACGCCAGCCCGCGGAUGCGCGCCGGGCGCGGCUACGCGGCGCCCAAGCCUCCGCAGCUCGUCUACUUCGAGAACGAGCUCACGCGACUCAUGAAGACGGUGCCCGGCAUCCGCGACGACCAGCGUGAUGCUAACUCGCGCCGCGCUGCGCCGCAGGUGCGGGAGAUCGUGGAGUACCUGAGCAGCGAGGACGCGUGGAGCGACUCGUACGACUCGUCCGACUACACCAGCUCAGACCUGGAGGGCGCCGGGGCGGCGGCGGCGGCGUACUGCGCGACACCUCCGUGUGUUUCCGUGGCAUCUCUUAGCAGCGUGGGCGUGAGCUUCCUUCCGUACGGCCCCACGGCUUCCAGUCCUCCGCGGCGCCGCCGCUGCCGCCGGUUCCCACCCACCGGCAAAUCGCUGGGAACCGUGCGACCGGCGCUGCGCGACGCGGACCGGCGGGGUCCGCUUUGUCCCUUGUGGGAAGGGAAUUCGGCGGUUUCGACAUCUCCUGCAAGGAGCCGGGCGCGGCGCGGCACGGGUGGGCCAAUUGGAGCUCGGCCAAACUGCAUCGCAAAGACCACCAGGUGCCGCCACGUGGGGGAGGAGGAAGGGGGCUGA